UGAAAGUAAUCGAACUAAUCGCAAUAUUACUAUAAGCAGUUUGUGUUCUUUGAAAAUAUGAAAAGGCAAAACCGUCCCUCCGACAUUUUCUAUAAAAUGCUUUCGUUUAUACGAUUCUGCUCACGUCAGAUCGGUGUGGACAUAAUCGAGGAGCAUUAUGAAAUCAAUUUGAACACAUAUUUCGUUCUUGCCGCAAUAGUACUUUAUUGCCUCUGUUCGGUGAAUACGAUACGAAAGUAUAUUGCAACAGAUUGGACAGUGUUGCUUGAUGUAUCCUCACCGGUGAGCUGCACCAUACAAGGAGCGGUGAAGUUGAUGUCAGCACUUUUGUAUCCAAAACUGUAUCGAAAAUUAGCUUUGGACAUCGGAAAAAUUUAUGAGAAAUAUCAAGAGAUGGGUAAAGAGUACGAGCAGAAAUUGCACACAUGGAAUAGGAGUAUGAAAAAACUCUUAAUUGGCUGUGCAAUAGCGUAUUUCGUCACUGGGCUGCUCCUAUUAUGCACACCGGUUGUGAUGUAUAUACUUAAGGGCGAACGACACUUGAUAUGGCUUUGUGAAGUGCCCGGUUUCGAAAGGGAUUCGUUGUAUGGUUAUUGGGUCAACAAUGCCUUCAGCGUAGUUUGUGUAUUCAUUGGAUGUUUCGGCUUAUAUGCUGGUGAUGUCUAUUUAAUUAUCUUUUUAACACACUCAAUGUUCUUUUACGAUAUAUUAGCACUGAAAAUAAAUGAUUUACACAAAUUGAUAGAGGAAAAUAACAAUGCAGAUCGUCAAACUCAAUUAGUUAACGAUAUUGUAGAGUGGCAUCAGUAUUAUCUGGAUUUUAAUGAUAAGUGCAAUUUGCUGUUCUUUUGGACCAUCUCCGCGCACAUUAUAUGCACCACGGCGGGUAUCUUGAGCACACUGCUCAUCAUCAUGCUGAAGGAUUGGCCUGGCGCUUAUACUUACCUUUUGGUGUGCUUUCUCUGGCUAUAUAUGUACUGCAUACUUGGUACACGUGUUGAAAUAAGUAACGAUCAAUUUUGUACUGGGAUCUAUGACAUCCACUGGUACGCCUUAGAUGUGCAUAAUCAAAAUACGAUUCGCUUAAUGCUAACACAAUCGCAGGCACCACGAAAUAUAACCAUCGCGGGAAUUGAACCCUUAUCGGUUAACACUGCACUGAAGAUAACACGCUCAAUUUACAGUUUGGCCAUGAUGGUAUUACGUUUUCAAACUAAAUAGAGAAGAUUGUGGAAAGUAAAGUGGAGAUAGAGUUCUUCGGAUUUAUUUGUAAUUACACGAUUUCAUAUAAUAUAAGGAUGAUCAUCAAAUGUUAGUCAUAAUAUUCAUUGUCAUUCAACGCCCUUGAAACCAGCCGUUUCAUUCGUCGUCACGAUCAAAGUCGUGAUUAUAGGUAUUGGUUUAUAUGAAUCAGUUGAGAUCCAUGUUAGCUAUGCUCAUAUGACUUCAGUUCAUAUAUUUAUCAUUUUAUUUCUCAAUUAUUAUCUACAGAAAAAACUUACAAAACCUUCGUUUGACAGGCCAUAAAGAAAAAAUGCCGCUAAAAUGCGUGAAACUACACUUCUACAUUACAAAAGCGACUCAUUUCGGCUUACAAAAUCAGUUGCUGAUGAACUAGAAAAGCCUCUAAAUAUAAAAGAAAGGG